AUGAUAUCGUCGAAAAAAUAUUUCAAUAAUGCAGAAGAAUUUUUAAACUCUUCACUUUAAUCUCAUAAGGUUCUCCAUAUUGAUCUAAUGCACUAUUAAAUUGGUGAUGAAGAUGCAUCAGGCUUAGGUUAUGCUUUAGCUAAGUGCGCUAAUCUCUCAAGUUUGACACUUUACCUUGGAUACAAUUAAAUUUGUGAUCAAGGUACGUUAUGUAUAGGUUCUAGUUUAGGAAAGUGCACUAAUCUCUUAAAUUUAAUACUUGAUCUUAGGUAAAAUGAAAUUGGUAAUGAAGGUGUAUUAGGCUUAGGCUCUGCAUUAACAAAAUGCACUAAUCUCUAAAAUUUAACACUUAAUCUUAGUGAAAAUUAAAUUAGUGAUGAAUGUAUAUCAGAUUUAGUUUCUGAUAUAGCAAAUUAUGCUAAUCUUUCAAAUUUAACACUUGAUCUUGGGUAGAAUUUAAUUCGUGACGAAGGUGCAUCAGGCUUAAGUUCUGCUAUAUCAAAAUGCACUAAUCUUUUAAUUUUAACACUUAAUCUAAGUCUGAAUUAAAUCGGUGAUGAAACUGCAUCAGUAUUAGGUUAUGCUAUAGCAAAGUGCACUAAACUCUCAAAUUUGACACUUAACCUAAGCGAAACUUAAAUUGGUGCAAUUGGUGCAUCAUGUUUAGGUGUUGGUUUAGGAAACUGCGCUAAUCUCUCAAAUUUGACACUUUAUCUAAAUCAGAAUGAAAUUGGUGAUGAGGGUACAUCAGGUUUAAGUUUUGGUUUAACAAAGUGCUCUAAUCUUUCAAAUAUGACACUUUAUCUUGUGUAUAGUAAAAUUGGCUAAGAAGGUUCAUCUGGCUUAGGUUCUGCUGUAGCAAAGUGCACUAAUCUCUCAAAUUUGACACUUUAUCUUAUGGGAAAUUAAAUUGGUGAUGAAGGUGCGUCAGGGUUAGGUUUUAAUUUAGGAAAGUGCACUAAUCUCUAAUAUUUGACACUUGAUUUUGUUGGAAAUUAAAUUAGUGAUCUAGGUGCUUCAGGCAUAUGUUCCAGUUUAGGAGAGUGCACUAAUCUCUCAAAUUUGACACUUUCUCUUAGUGGAAAUUAUAUUGGCGAUGAAGGUAUAUAAGGCAUUGGUUUUGCUUUAUCAAAGUGCACUAAUCUCUAAGAUUUGACUCUUAAUCUUGAUUGGAAUGAAAUUGGUAUAACUGGUGCAUCAAGCUUAAGUUCUAGUUUAGGAAGGUGCACUAAACUCCAAAAUAUAACACUUUAUCUUCGGGGAAAUUAAAUUGGAGAUGAAGAUGCAUCAGACUUAGGUUCUGCUUUAGUAAAGUGCACUCAUCUCUCAAAUUUGGCACUUUAUCUUAUGUACAAUUAAAUUACCGACAAUGGGGCAUCAACCAUAGGUUCCAUUUUAGGAAAAUGCACUAAUCUCUCAAAUUUAACACUUGAUCUUCGAUAUAAUUAAAUUGGAGAAGCAGGUGUAUCAUUCUUAGGUUCUGGCUUAGGAAAGAACAAUAAUCUCUCAAAUUUGACACUUUGUCUAAAUGAUAAUUAUAUUGGUGAUAAAUGUGCAUCAGGUUUAAUUUCUGAUUUAGCAAAAUGCUCUAAUCUCUCAAAUUUAAAGCUUGAUCUUCAGUACAAUGAAAUUGGUGUUGGCGACGAAGGUGUAUCAGGCUUAGGGUCUGCUUUAGCAAAGUACACUAAUCUCUCAAAUUUGACACUUCUUCUUGAGUAGAAUUAAAUUGGUGAUGAAAGUGUUACAGGAUUAGGUUCUGGUUUAGUAAAGUGCACUAAUCUCUCAAAUUUGACACUUAUUCUUGGUUUCAAUAAAAUUUGUGCAAUAGGUGCUUCAGGCUUAGGCUUUAAUUUAGGAAAGUGUACUAAUCUCUCAAAUUUGACACUUAAUCUUGGCUCGAAUUAAAUUGGCGAUGAAGGUGUAUUAGGCUUAGGUUAUGGUUUAGCAAAUUGCAAUAGCAUCUCAAAUUUGACACUUGGUCUUCAGAAUAUUAAAAUUGGCUACGAAGGUUCGUCAGGCUUAAGUUCUGCUAUAGCAAAGUGUACUAAUCUCUCAAUUUUGAAACUUGAUCUUAGUGGAAAUUAAAUUGGGGAUGAAGGUAUAUUAUGCUUAGGUCCUGCUUUAGAAAAGUGCACUAAUCUCACAAAUUUGACCCUUCGUCUUAUGUAAAAACAGUUUAUUUGA